GCCCCGGCCGGCCACGCGCCUUGGUGAGGAGGCGCGGGAGGGGUGGCCGGCCGGAGAGGCCACGCGCAGGCCCAGGGACUGGCAGACAGCUGGACAGGUGGACGCGCCCGCAGGGCGGAAAGUCGCACUGCCGUAGCGGGCUCCAGGCGUCAUGGCCGAGCUCAAGUCGCUGUCGGGGGACUCGUACCUGGCGCUGAGCCACAGCUACACGGCGACCGGCCACGCCUACACUGCGGCGCGCGGACCGGAGACGACACGCGGCUUCGGUGCAUCGGGUCCGGGUGGCGACCUCCCCGCGGCUCCUGCUUCUCGCGUCCCCGCCGCGACGGUCGAGAGCAGCGGCGAGCAGAGCGGCGACGAGGACGAAGCCUUCGAGAGGCGGCGGCGGCGACGAGGGUCCGGGGUUGCGGUGGACGCACGGCGGCGGCCCCGGGAGCAGCGCUCGCUGAGGCUCAGCAUCAAUGCGCGCGAGCGGCGACGCAUGCACGACCUGAACGACGCGCUGGACGGGCUGCGCGCAGUCAUCCCCUACGCGCACAGCCCGUCGGUGCGCAAGCUCUCCAAGAUCGCCACGCUUCUGCUGGCCAAGAACUACAUCCUCAUGCAGGCGCAGGCCCUGGAAGAGAUGAGGCGCUUGGUGGCAUACCUCAACCAAGGCCAGGGCCUCGCGGCGCCGGUGGCCGCUACGCCUCUGACGCCCUUUGGCCAGGCAGCGGUUUACCCGUUCUCAGCGGGCGCCGCGCUCGGGCCCUGCCCAGACAAGUGUGCCACCUUCUCAGGAUCGCCCUCAGCACUUUGCAAACACUGCGGCGAGAAGCCCUGAGGGCGCCAAGCCCCUCUGCAGCCGCCAUUCUAUUUAGACUGUCCCCUGUCUUCGCUGGCAAGACCCUAUGAGAAAGCCCAGGACUCCGCUUACAGAACUGUUGGGUGCAGAAUGCGAAGUCCGUCCUGGCAGAGCAACAGACUUGGCGCUGGACUCUAGACCCCGCCGCAUCCACGGAGCUAUCUCAGCUAAAAGAAGGCCACGGGAGGGAACAGGUAGUGGCUGGUCCCACAUCUGACAGGUGACUCUGCCCAAGGUUCAGGAGCGCAGGCACAGAGCAUCGCGCUUGACCACAUCCUAGCACUGGGGAUCGUCCUCUGCCCCAGUCCCUUCGAAACCAACUUGCAGGGCCUUGCUCCAACUAGACCUGUUCCUCAGAACGGGUGUGGCCCCUCACUUCGGGCCUCUGUCGGUUCCAACACUCCAGGCCGGGUCGAUGAGCAAGAUUCCGCUAUAGUCCUUUGGAGAGGACGUAGAGGCAGACGCAGGAACAACCCAAGAGGUGAGGUUUACAACAUUUCCCAAGUCUGAGCUUAUUCUAUUAACAUUCUUGCCUGCCCAGAGGCUCAGGAAAUCCAAGCCGCCCUCAAAAGUCUGUGGAAAUAUCCCUAAAUAAGCCUGGACCGCCAGCGCCUGCCUCCUGUGGGCUGAGCUGGGCGUUCUGCUUGUCCCAAGGGUACUAGUGGAGCCCUCACAACCUGCUCAGGGGCUACUUGAUCCUGAAGGGUCAGCCGAGGAGUCCAGUCUAGCUCCAGAAGCAACCAAGGCCCUCUGCGCCAGUUCCGGAAUUUCUGGAGGAAGCCGGUGAGUACCUGGCUCUGGACUGAAUGGGAACUUGUCGCUCACAAAAUCGGACCACACAGCCCAGAAUCCUGCCACUAUACCUAGCCUGAGCCUUAGCCCGCGAGUCCCAGAUGAUGCCUGGUUUUCGCUCUGCGGUCCUCAGCAGCUUCCGCCUUCAUUUACCCAAUUUUCUUGGCUUUCGUUGACGCAAAGCAAAUCCGGAGAGGGCCGCUGCUCAGCAAAGCGCCUGUCUAUAGCGCUUAACUUUAAUUAAUGCAUUGGAAACGGCCCUUUUGUAUUUGCGAAAUGACGUGUGUGAUUAAGUCUUAUUCAUAAAGACGUAUGCAUAAUA